GGUAGAGGAUGGUUAUGUCUGGGAAGCUGCUUGUGAACUCCUGAAGGUGUGUAGGAAAAUAAAAGCAGCAAAUACCUCGCUGGAGACAGAGAACCUUCCAAUCAUUGAAGCUUCGAUAUAAAAGUUCACUGAAGACGUGAGUGCCACAAGUUCCUGCAGCGUCACCUCGGCCCAGCUGCGCACCUGUCGCCCGAGGAUGCACGUAACGUUGGUGGGGCUGUUCCUGUAGAAGUCUUUAUUAUUAUUACGUUAUUAUUGGGCCUAUGCUAUUUUUAAUAUUGUUACGAAAAUAUGAUUACUUUUGUUAUUCUUAUCAUCAUCAUUAGUAUCUUCAUCAGUAGCAGUAGUGACAGUAUUUGUAAUAUUUUCAUAGUAGUAGUAGUAGUAGUAGUAGUAGUAGUAGUAGUAGUAGCAGUGGUAGUGGCGGAAGCAGCAGUGGUAGCAUUAAUAUUAUAUAGUCACGGUAACAGCAGGUAAUGGUAGUAGUAGUUAGCAGUAGUAGUUAUUGUUAGUUUUUAUUGUAUUGCUGUUUUUGCUUUUUUCUUUAUCUUUUUAACAGGUCAAUGGUCGGACAUGGUCCCAUGUCCGACGUACGGUAAUGGUUGGCGCCAGGCCCUCCCUUCAUUGUGGCUUGCAGUUGACUUUCCAGUAGGCAUCCUCCUCUUUCUGCUGGCUGACAUCUUCCUGCCAGCUUCUUCCUACUCGCUGGCUGACGGACUUCCCUGCAAGCCUCUUCCCUGCUGGCCGACAUCUUACCAGUUUCUUCCCUACUGGUUGGCUGACGGUCUUCCUGCUAGUCUCCUAUACAUCGUCUGCGGCCUCGUCACAGCGGGCUGAGGAGUUUCUGCCGACCUGUUUUCAGCACACUCUUCUUCCUGAUGGACUCUAACCCUUCUGCUGGGUGAUGGUCGCCCUGCUGCCUUCUGCUCAUCGGAAGAGGAAAGAUUGACACGCAGGCUGCUGGCAUUGCAUAGACCGACCACUCCUGCUACCGAAAUCAAUGAGAAUAAGACUAAUGAGCUCACCAAUAUAUGUCAACUAGUGAUUUAUCAUCAGUGUGUUGUGAGGCAUGAAUGAGUGUGAAUGAGCAAAUCAACUUUUACAUGAGUACUCAAUGAUAUGUUUCUCCUUACUCCCAUUCUUUUCACCACACACUCAUAUUUUCUUAUUUCAACCCAUCAACCUCAGUCACACUUCUCUUUCAGGGCUUUUUUUUCAUAGGUAAUGUCCUCCAGUCAGCAUUUUUCACUUCUCAUAUCAUUAUUAAUCUCUCUUAAACAUUUCUACGGUGUGGUGGUUAUGGGGAUGUCCUCGUCUUCCUAAUGCUAUUGUCGCCAUCCUCUUCCUCGUCAUCCUUCUUUACCGCUGUCAUCGUCGUCCUCACCACGGUCAUCGUCACCCAAAAACAGACAAGGAUCCAAUUUUGGGUCCUCAGCCGCUCAGCCCUGAUAUUCUGCCUGACGAGGACGUUAAGUACAGUCAGACAACGAUAUACCACUGGCCCACCGCCCCCAAGAACAUGACCACCUCGGACGGGAGGGAUGCCCAGUACCUCUACACGAAUGGCCCAAGUGGCUUCGGCAAUGGGGUGGAGUUUGUGGCCAACUCUAAACAGUGCCUGGUGCAUAAGAACUAUCUGAAUCCCUCUGACGUGUGCACCGGGAACCCCAAACGCUGCACCGCGGGCCUCAGCCUCAGCCUGUGGUAUAAGGGCGCGCAGGGCCUGGACAAGGACUGGGAGCAUGUGACCAUGGACCUCAACGACCUGUCUAUUAUGGAGGUCAUCGUCUCCACAGGUGGCGACAUGAAGGGCCACCCAGGAAUCGCCAUCUACCAGCAGGGCUUGACCACUUCGGCCGUCGUGUCCACUGGGGCAGAGUACUGGAAUGUGUCCUCCAUAGGCAUGAUCACCAACAACAAGUGGACCAACAUGGCCAUCAGCUGGAGCAAGGAUAAUGGAUUGCAGCUGUACAUUGACAGGAGCCUCGUCGGGUCAGUCAAGUACCCAACCGCAAGCCCCAGUGUCCUGACAGGCCUUAGGCCCUCGGAGAUUAUGCUGGGCUGCCACAAGGACGCCACUAACACCACCUACCGGGGCUUCAACGCUGCGGCCUUUGACGAGCUCGCCAUCUGGAACACGUCCCUCGUUGGAGAUAGGGUUAUGUACUUCAUGGGCGGCUAUAUCAAAGCGUACGAGGAUGUAACUCUGGAGGAGAUGGGCACCUUGGUGGACGAGGCCGACAUGAAUAAUCCUGACAUCGCUGCCGCAGCCUUCGAGAUCACAGCCCAGAAGACCUACUCGGAGGAGGUGCCCAGUGACGCUCUUGUAGCACCGCCCCCCCCGACCACUGCCGCCACCACCACUACCACAGAAUCUGGCCAGACACCAUUCACCACUGGAGACACAGCCAUGAUCACUGUGGUGCCUGACUCGAAGGAUAAGCAGGGCUUCAUGGACAAGAUCAAGUUGCACAAAAAGCUAAUCAAAACCUCCCCAGCGGGUGUGGAAGUUUCCCAGCUUGGAAAAAUGCUUAAACUGGUGGAUGUAGUGAGCAGCCUCUUCGUGGAUCAAAACAAAGAGUUCAUGAAUGAGCUUGUCACUGAGAUGCUGGAGACAGAAGAAGAGCAGAGGAAAGCUAAAAUAGAUCCCCUUGAAAUAACACAAGAUCUCUCUAACUGGACUCUGAAUGUCUUGGUAAACAUGGACCUUGGCAACAGAACAGAGAUGCUCCAUACUGUCAAAGAGGCAGACAAUUUCAUCGUCAAUGUGUUCAAGGCCCCGCUGUCGAAGCACAGGCAAGGGACAGGCAACUACGUUGUGGCUCCCGAUUGCAGCAUGAUGGUUGAGAAGAACUCCUGGAACAACACCUGUAAUAGAGUUGCAGUACCAAACCUCAUAGUAACUCACCCCAACUGCAGUGAUCGGAUUUUCAACACUGUGGUAACAAGUUCGCGCAACCUCCACCUUGUCUCCCCAACCACAGUGAACGGCUCAGUCUUCAACACAAAGCGCCAGCAUGAGUUCAAUUCUAUGAUGCUCAGCGUGGAGGCGAAAGCCAACCCUGCCCUGACCGUUGAUGGGAAGGUGAACAAGAUGGCCCCCAAGUGUGACCCAGACCCUGCUGCCCUGCUGGAGACGCCAAUAAGGAUGAAGUUUUUCCUGCUGAACAAGGACCCGGCACCACUGAGACAGCUAAAGUUCCACGAGAAUGAGGUUGUGCAGCGGGUUGAGAGUCGUCACUGCGUGUGGUGGAAUGCAAACACAAGUCAGUGGGACUCGACGGGCUGCGUGGUAAUGUUCAAAUCGGAGUUGUACACCAAGUGCGCAUGUGCCCACUUCGGGAUGUUUGCUGUGAUGGAUGAGCUGGUGGAGCCCAAGGUGGCUCCAGUAGACUACCUGUGGCUCACGGUGCUGCGCUACGUGGGUUAUGCGCUCUCCGUCCUCUUCAUCAUUGUCUACAUUAUUACCGUCCUUGUGUCACGUGACCUGAAGGACCAGUUUCACCUGAUGGGCAUGAACCUGGCAGUGGCGGUGCUGGUGGGGUCUGUCGCCAUGGUGGCCAGUGACCUGCAUGCCGUGAGGGACGACCGCCACUGGUGCACCGCCAUUGGCACCCUCAUACACUUCUUCUGCCAGGCUGCAGGGGCAUGGGUCAUCUGCCUGGGCCACGCUGCACACCGGGCUGUUACUGCUGGUGUGAUUGGAGGGAGACUCAAGAGUUACCUCACCAUCUCCUGGGGCCUGCCACUCAUCUCUGUGGGCCUCACCUACCUGCUCUACCUCAUGGACUUGGGAGAGGACCCUCGCUGCUUCAUCUCCUGGGAAAACCCACCCAAAUUUAUCUUCUUUGGGUUCCAAAUUGUGUUCGUCAUUGUCUCGGGUGGAUGUGCCUGCGUCGUGCUGUGCAACAUGUCCACCACUGCCCUCAGAAAGGACAACCUGAUUGAUGACUACGGGUCAUUCUGCCAAGGAGCUGCCUACCUGCUACUCUUCUUUGACGUCACCUGGCUCUUCGGCAUACCCUGCUACAUACGACUGCGCGGGAUUAAGACGGAUUUCUACCCAAUAUUCCAAGUGCUGAACUCCUGGAUGGGGGUUGUUCUCUUCCUCUUCAUCGGCUUGGCUUCUCGGAGGUUCAAGAUGGUGGUGGCGGGCCAGGCCAAGAUGAGGAGAGAGAUGCUGAAGGGAUACGCCUUUGGGAAGCACAGCAAGAUGAAGAAGGACGCCAAUGACCCAGGUCUCUCUCCUUCACCCUCCCCUGCUGUUAAGCCUAAGUCCGCUCAGUCCAAGGCCAAAUCACUGAUCAAGAGUGCCAGCUCCAGGGGAAGCGCUACCAAGCGCUCCGCCUCUCGCAACUCUGCAUCAGAUUAAACUUCCCUAUGCUCGAGACCACCUGUUGGAUACUAUGUGGAAGGACCUGCCUGCCUGCACCGAAGUCUUUGUGUGCUGUCCAUUGACCCGUCCGCUUCGAUUGGCACGGAUUUGGCUUUCAAUGGUAGCUUGGUAACAUAUAUUCCCAGGUCUUUCUCUGCCUCUGUGGUGGAUAGUGGAGUGUUUCCCAUGUGGUAUUGGUGUGCUGGAUAUCCCCUCCCAAGGCUCAUGACUUCACAUUUUUCUUCAUUGCAUUGUAGCAGCCACUUUUUGUUCUAUUCCUGUAGCUUGGUGAUGUCUUCUUGUAGGAAAUCCGCAGUCAUGGGGUUAAUAUGCCAUGUAAGGGGGUUCAUUGGCAAAGACCAUAAGUGAAAGGGUGUAUGGUAGAUCAUUCAUAUGUAGUAAUACUGAUUUGUAGUGUAGGAGUGGCAUUAUUAACUAUCGUGAAAGCCUAUUAGUUCAUGCUCUGCCCUUGUAUAUUGUAAUGUUGAAAAGGUGUGAACAAAACGAAGUAAGAAAUGGCUUCCCUAAGAGGCUAAGUAUGGGACAAAAAUGUAUCUCAGAUUGUACAGCUCUUAGAGGGAUCCUGAAUCUUAGGUCAGUAUUAUAAGACACAUUCGCUUGUCACAUCAACUAUUUCUAAAGGUCAAAGAGGGGAUCAUUCGGGUUCUAAUGAGUGUUUCUUUACGUUCACGGUACAGAAGAAAGGUCAUACUACCACCAGGGUCAUAAAACUACUUCUGGAAAUGCCACAAACUCCUACGAAAGCCUUGUUAAAUACUUGAACUUGUUUGACGAAAUGUUUAGUAAUUAUUAUUGUUUGAUAUUUGCUGUGUACGCUAUUGAGGUUGAAGGUACAUCUGGUAUAUGGCGCCAAUAACUCUGCACGUGUUUUUUGACGAUAUCCUGACUGCUUGUGCACAGGUUUUGUCCUAAGGUUGAAAUAAAAGCAAAUGACCAAAAGAGACAUUAUUACUUGAAGGGCCGAUCAAGUAAUAAUGAAACGUUGAAUAUUGUUACUAUUUGAAUACUAGGCUAAGAAUAUUUAGUGCAAUAAUAAAAAGUUAACCAUUAA